CGAGUGAAAACAUUUAAUUAACUUCUGUACAUUUCUUGUGACAUCUUGGAAUGAUUACAUCAGGCAAAAUCGAUGGCCGAUCCAUUUGCAUAUGAAGCUUAUAGGAAAAAGCGCAUACAAGAAAAGAUGGAGGCUGAGCGUGCUAAUCGUAUAACGAUUAAGAGGAAGCUACCAAAGGUAAACAAGAACCUAGCAGCACGUCUAAUUGCAACUGAGGAUGACGAAGAUGGUCGAAAUGAACCUGAAAAUGAGGAUAUUGCAGUUAAAAAGCGUUCAUCAAAGAAAAAGAAAAACACUGGAGGAAGUGAACUGUUGAAAGAUGAGCGUUUUGCAGCCAUGUUUCGUGACAAGGAAUUUGAAGUUGAUGAGUUCUCUCCAGAUUAUUUGGCUCUGCAUCCUAAUGCAGCAAACAAGAAAUCGUCCUUAGUAGAAGAACACUUUGAAGCAGUAGAUGUUGAUAGUCAGGAAGAAGAUGAGGAAAUUGUUGGUACAGAUGAUUCAUUUUCUGAAGAAUUGCCAUUAGACAAUAAAGCAAUGAAACGAAAACACCAAGCUAAACGGAAGGAAAAGCCUGCAAAGGGUCCCAGGCUUUAUGAAGUAAAAGAUGAAAGCCAUGCACAAGCAUUCCGGAAUCAAAUAUCUUUUGCAAAGGAGCAUGCUUUGCCUCUUGAGGAGAGAAUAAAAGCUAUUGAGAAGAAAGCAAAUUCAAAUGAUUUAAUGAGAGGUCAGGGUGGAUCUCGAGAAAUAUCUUUUAUUUCUCAUAGCUUUGAAGAGGGAAAACCCAAGAGUAAAUUUGGUUCGAAGCGAGGGAUCCAAUCUCUCAGACUAAAACCAGAAAGAAAAUCCUUUAAAGGGGGGAGCAGGGGUAGAGGUCGAGGUGGAGGGAGGCCAUCAAAAAGGAGAUGAUGAUGAUGCCACUGGGGAAUUGAUUUUACAAGUAGUAUUUUAGAGUAGUUAGUUACUCAAACUUAAAACGUUUUUCAUUGUAUGGUAGUAGAUAAUUAUUUUGAAAUCCAAUAUUUAUUUGCAGCCAAGUUCUCAAAUUGCAUGAGUUAAAUUUGCAUAGGCUAAUCAGUAAAUUGAACUUGUUUCUUUUCACUGAAUUCGGUGACAUAAAUCGUUAUGGCACAUCUGGCAUUAUACAUCUAAUGUACCCAGCUCUUUUAAAAGUCACAGGUUCUUUCUCAGGAAAAAUUACAAAGUCAAUUUUGACUC